UCAUUCAUUUGUCGAGAGAGAGAGAGAGAGAGAGAGAGAGAGAGAGAGAGAGUUAUAUAGAGUAGUACCGUGGAGUUCUGAUUUGGAAUACGAUUACUAUAUUCAAAGGAAAGACGAACAAGAAAUAACAAGUCGAAGGAGAAGAGAGAAAACAGAUAUCCUCCAUUCCUCCUCACGUGUGCAUGCGUCAUGCAGCAGCAGAACCACCCCAACGCCAGUCGUCUUGUCCCUUUGUCUCAUUAUGACGUCACAGAGCUAAAAUUGGAAAAUGGCCAGUUGGCCAUGCAUGGGUUUGGUGCGCUUCUUCGUACAGCCCAAUCAAAGCCCACAUGGAGCAGGAGCAGGGCUUGUGACACAUUGGAAUCAAUUGUCGAUCAAGCUACAUGCCACAAACGUGACCCAAAUAUCAUCCGCCAUGACCAGACCCCGGCAAACACAAGCUCGGUGGUUGCAUCCUCCGGCGAAACAUGGACCGACAGCUCUGUCCAGUUGCCGCCGGCACAGGGGUGGAUAAGAAAACGCAGUCGAUCAGAUUCCGGCUUCUUCGAGAAUAAUUUUAGUACUAAUAGCAUUCAUGAAGAACAUGCAGAUCCCAGCAGUUGUGCUAGUCCCGGUGCUAGUGUUAGAUUGUGCAGGGACAAUCAUACAACUACCUCUACGUUAGUUUCUUUUGAGUCUCCUCCCAGUUUGAAGACCAAAAGCACCGACGGGGAUUCAGCCUCUCACGGAGGACUGCAGGAAAACCGAGAUGAUGGCCGGAAAACCACCAAAGGUGGCCAAUCAAGCCGUUCACACUCAACAAGACCAGGGCGAGCUGCUGCUGUUCAUAAUCAGUCAGAGCGGAAACGAAGAGACUUGAUUAACCAGAAGAUAAAAGCGCUGCAAAGGUUGGUGCCAAAUGCAAGUAAGACUGAUAAAGCUUCAAUGCUUGAUGAGGUGAUCAAAUACUUGCAACAACUUCAAGCUCAAGUCCAAAUGAUGCAUAAUCUGAGAAAUUUCAUGCCUAAUGGCCACAUGAAUAUGAAUAUGAUGGUGCCUUUAGAAAUGAUGCAGCAGCAGCAGCAGCAGCAACAUCUUCAUCAAAUGUCACUCCUCGCUCAUAUGGGAAUCGGAAUGGGAACGCGCAUUCAUCCUGCGCCGGUUGUGGCUGCCGCUCUUCCUUCUUUCAUGCCGCCAUUUAUGAUGCCGCUGUUAAUGCCACCACACCCUCCUCCUCAAGCAAAGCCUGAACCAACCAGCACGAAUAAUGGUUCAGACCCUCUACCUGAUCCAUAUUGUGCCCUCCUAGCACAACAAUCAAUGAAUAUGGACCUGUUCAACUGGAUGGCGGCUCACUAUUGCCAACAAGUCACUCCGGCAACAGCAGCGUCAAGCAGCCAGCCGCAGGCAAACGAUGUUCGAAGGAACUAAUGAGGACUCACCUAGCUUCGGGAGAUAAUAGUUUACGUGAUAAGAGAAAUACUAAUAUACGAUCUAGACCCGGUAAAAUGCGACUAAUUCCAACGUUCUCUGAAUUACUAAUGGUCUUGUAUGCUUGGACUUUUCAAUU